ACAAGUCGGACAAUUUGCCUGGACGGGUUCCGUGGUCCUCUCCUUUUCAUUUUCUCACGACUUUGUCACCAUUAAUCGCGACCCGCCGCCUCUGUCCGCUCAUAUUCCGCGGGCCUGAACAAUUUGAAACAGUCUCGGACGACGACACGCGAAACCGCACGAGGAACGUCGUCUUUGGAGGGCAUCCAAAUCGUUUAUCCGGGAAACCGCGAAAUUUCCACUAUCCCGUCUCGCGAAUUCUUGCGUCCGGUGUCUCUUGCUCGAGCUCGAACCGCCAUCGUAGCCACGUUACACCCUUAAACAAGGGACACUCGUGAGAGUGUCGAGAGUCCGGGUCUCGGUCGCGAGUCUCGUCGUUGCUCUCCGCAUAAAAUCAGUGAUCGUGUCUCGCGACGAGCCGGACGACUAUCCAUCGACGAGAAAAAAAUCAGUCGCAUGGACUGGUGUAACGACAGAACCUGGCACCCGCAGGUAGGCCUUGCCAGGAGGAUGGGGGCCCACGAUGGGGGAGUGCCAUUGCUCUAACAUCGCUAUCAUGCAGCUGUUCCAUGAGCUGAAGCAGCAGUUCCCUGCGCUCCCUGAUCACGUCGUCUCCCAGUGCAUCGCCCAGAACAGCCACGACCGGGAGACAUGCGCGAGAAGUCUGCGUGCCACGCAAGAGUCACGACCGUCACCGGGCGCCUUCCCUCCGGCCGCGGUCUGCGGCGCUCUUCAGCUGCCCCAGCAACAACAACAACCGCCGCAACAACAACACCCUCAGCAACCCCAGCAACGAGCAAACCCAGCGGCCGCGCAGCAACGUUGCUGUGCGAUGAGCCAGCCUCAACGAACCGUCACGAGCAACCCGCGCCCACACAGGCCAGCGUCGCUGGACAUCGGAGCGUCGCGACGCUGUCCCCUAAGCUGUAUCCGGGCCGCAGCCAUCUCCUCGUCCCCGCCGAUCGCGGGUAACCCUUCGACACCCUCCUCCGCGCCGCCAGCCUGCACCAGCAGGGGCUUCUUCGACGAUUGCAUCGCAGGACCUGUUGACGCGAACUGCAACAACCAUGUACCGAAUACCGGAAGCGAGCCGGCCGCGUUCGAGCUGAACGUGAACGUUGCCUGCAGUCCUGCUGGCAAUCGCGACUUCCGAACGGUGCCCACGAUCGGUGGCGCCUGUAAACGAACUGAUCUGAUCGUCGAUCCACGGCCUCACUACGUGGAUCCGUUGCUCAUCGUGGACAACGCCGGUCCUCAAAUCGACCACACCAGAAGCUACACCUCGGUUAGCCUGACCUUAAGGCCGCCGUCGUCGGAGCCACAGCCGCCGAUCGAUAUCAGAUCGCAGGGCUCGAGCCUGACCUACUCGAGCUCCUCCCUGGAUCCACGGGGUUUUCAGAGUCGCCUCCAGAUCAGCAUCGGUGCUGGAACCGUUGGCAGCGUGGCGGCAGCUAGGAUCAGACCUCCGAUGGGUCCCAGCAGGCCCAGCAGCUUGAUACCGCCGGUACAAACCGGUCCCCAGAGGCCACCAGAUCCUUCGAAGAAGAAUCGUCUAACCGGAAGAUACUCCUCAGGGCUUCCAGCGGGACCACCCAGCCAGUUGCCACGGCCCACGACAACAAUGAGUGCCCCAACCACACCCUCGGUACCGCCGGCAACGAACAUCGUCCCUCUCAUCAGCCUACCAACGACACCGUCAGGACCGACGACGACCUCGCCGCCCUCCAGUCCCGUUGGCGAACGGAUACAGGCCAAUUCCGAUCAGAAUCAAUCGCCGUUGAAUCAAGUGGCGGAGCACCAAAGGAAAUUGGUCGCCGAGCAGUUAGCCCGGAAAGAAAGGCUCGCCAGGGAGUUGAGGGCCGAGAAAGGACGACUCGAAGCGAUGAAGAAAGAGUUGCAGUCUCUUUCGAGACCCUUCGAUGCCUCGAUGCCACCGCAAUUGGAAUUCAUUCCACAGGAGCUGAAGAGAAAAUUGAGAAGCGAAAUCUAUCAGCUACAGGUGGAAUGCGACAGAUUGGCGGAUGAAGUGGAUCAGUGGUCAGAUCCAAGAGUGCCUCUAGGAGAAACGAACGAAGAAUUCUAUCAAGAUAUUUAUACCGGUCAACCGUUGCCACCGACUUCCACCAACUACAAUCCACCGCCAUUGCCUAGUCAACCGCCUGCUUGGCAACCGGAUGUCACCGGAAAUAACGUUGACAGAGAAGAACGGGACGGUCCCUCUUGGGUCUGUAGAAUGUGUACGUUCGAUAAUCAUCCAUUGAUGAACAAAUGCGAACAGUGCGACAUGCCGAGGUUGCUGAAUCAUGGAAACACAGGCGAGACACAGGAUAUUCAUAUACGAGUCACACAUCAUCACAACUUCUCACCGAGCCGAACAGUGCAUAGUUGGGUGGUAUGAUGUGAACUGCAUUAGAAACUUGAGAAACUGUAUAUAAAAUUAUUAUUUAAAUUAAAUAAAAAAAAUUGUUGUAGGAAAUCAACAGUUUGCAAGAAGUGGGUCGUGAAAGUUUUAACAACUUAAUUCAGUUCUUUUCUUUCGUUUUUUUAUUUAUGAUAGCGUACAUCAUGUGAAAUUAAUAUAAUUUAAUAUAUAUAUCACAUGUAUAUAUUUAUAUAUACAUAGUCUAACUUUCUUGACAUACAUAUUAGAUUGGGAGAACGCAUCUGCACUUCUAGUUACUGAACGGUCAACGACUUAUCAUUAGUCUGGCUCCAAUUUGUAUGAGUUUUGAAAUACUAUUUAAAAUACAAGGUAUUUGUAGUAAGUC